CCGCGCGUCGAACUCAUUCUCAGUUAACCAAGAUCCGGCCAGUUCCCGCGCCGGCGACCCACCGCAAUGAAGCCCCCGAGCCGCCUCAUCAUCGCCGCGCUGGUCGUCGCCACGUCGCUGCUGGUCCCUAGCCUACUCAGAUCGUCGCUGCCGCUGCUCCCGUGCCUGCCCGCCGUCACGGCCCCCUCAGGCACGGGGUACCAGCCCUCCGGCCUCGCCGCGCUCGCCGACGCCGCCGUGUACUAUGCCACCACGCCAACGGUUCCGCAGCAGACGCACGACGAGAUAUCGCUGGCCCUCGCCGUGCUCCGCCGCCGCGCGCCUGUGCGGCUGCUGGUGUUCGGGCUCGGCCACGACUCGCCGCUCUGGCACGCGCUCAACCCCGGCGGCGUCACCGUGUUCCUGGAGGAGGACCCGGAGUGGCACCGCGCCGUGUGCUCGGCGUCGCCGUUCCUGCGCUCCCACCUGGUCAGCUACCACACGCGGCUCGACCAGGCCGACCUCCUCUUCGACACCUACAGGCGGUUCCCCUCCUGCGUCCCCGGCGACGGCGCCGAUGCCGAGCCCGCCGUCCGGGGAAACGACGCGUGCCCGCUGGCGCUGCACGACCUGCCGCCGGAGGUGUACGAGCACGAGUGGGACGUGCUCAUGUUGGACGCCCCCAAGGGGUACUUCGCGGCGGCGCCGGGGAGGAUGGCGGCGAUAUGGACGGCGGCGGCGAUGGCGCGGGCGAGGCGCGGCGAGGGCGACACCGACGUCUUCCUGCACGACGUGGACCGGAAGGUGGAGAAGAUGUACGCCGAGGAGUUCCUCUGCGACCGGUUCCGGGUGGGAGGGGCCGGCCGUCUCUGGCAUUUCAGCAUCCCGCCGGUGUCGCGGCGGGACAACCGGACGACGGCCGGCGGUGGCGAGAGGCCGUUUUGCUGACGCCUACGGAGAGUGAGACGUGAGAGGUCGG